UGUUAUGUCCCCCGUCUAUUUUUCUCCUCUGUUUUCUUCGCCGGAAAAUUGCGUCAGUUUCGCCGGCGAAUUGCCGGUAAAACGAAAGUGCGUUUUAUCAACAGCGAGGUAUCAUUUUUCGAGCUCGACAUUAACUCGUUUGAAAAUAUUAGACGUUCUUUUAAAUUUUGUAUUUAUUCAGUUUUUUUCCACUUUUUCUUUUAUUUUUUUUCUGGGAAUUUUUCACUACAUAUCUGGUGGAUGAGCGAGAUUUAGAUUUUAUUCUUCUGUUUUAACUGAUUUUGUUUUAAUUUGCGAUGAAUUUGAGGAAAAUAUUAGGAAUUUAGGUUCCUUUUUUGUUUGUUUGGUUUUGAUGGAAGAGCGGUCGAGAUCUGGGGAGCAUUCGGGGAUUUUGGUGAAGAGUAGGAGCCAAUCGGGGUGUUUGAUCGUGUGGAGGAAAGGGAAUGUUUUGGGUGGACCCGGGUCCACAGGGAUCCGUAAGAUUUACGAAUCUAAAACAGAUAAUAAGAGGUCUAGGAUGAUUAUGAGUGAUUCGGGUUCUAGCGAUGAGCUAGUAAUGCCACCUCGAAUGAGGGUUGGACCGGAGAAUUUUCAAGUUUGUAAUGGUUUAGCUGUUUAUGAAGAGAAUGGAAUUGGUAGGAAGAGGAAUAGGGAGGAGAGGAUAAGGCGAGAGGAAGGUUUCAUUAGUUUUAAUGAUGAGGAUUUUAGUGAGAGUAAGAGGAAUAGGUUAGAUGUGUUCAACCUUAAUGAAUAUGGUGGAUUUGAUGAGGAUAUGAUUAUGAGAAGGAACGGAUUUGAUUAUGGUGGAGACAAUGUACGUGGGAGGAGAUUGCUGGGUUCAAUGCCUGAGGUUGCUCGGAUGAGUAUAGAGAGGGAAUAUGAGAGUGGCCCAAGCAGGCAUGCUUUUCAUGAGAAGAAGAAGAAAAAUUUGUACUUUGAUAAAAGUGAAGGGAUGAAUCGGGAUGAUCAUGAUGAUAAAAACAGGUUCAGGAAGGAUAGGGAUGGGACUCAGAUGCGAUAUCCCUUGUUGAGGGAGAGGUAUAUGGUUGAUUCAGAUGAACCCAUUAGGGUUCAGGGCAAAAAUGGUGUUUUGAAGGUAAUGGUGAACAAGAAAAAGAAGAUGGGCGAGCCUUUGAAAAAUUUUGAUCUCUUUGAAGUUGAGGAGGGUCGGAGUGGUUCAAGGAUUGACGAUGCAGUUAGGAGGAACUUGCAUGUUCGUCCAUCAUUGUACUUGGAGACAGAAGUUCUCGAGAAGCCUGUUUCAUUUGGUAGGAAAGAGAAAAAGAAAAAGAGUUUGCUAAGGACAUCAACAACUAAGAAGAUUAAGGUCUCUGAUUGUGACUCAGAGGACAGUGAUACAGCUCCGAAGCUACAACCAAAGGAUUCUGAAACUUCUAACCCAGCAAAGAGGGUAAGUAGCAAAGAGGAGAAAACUCAAGUUGAGCAGCUUCAGUCUACCAGAAUCAAAGAAGGAAAAGUUAGGCGUGGGUGUGGUACAGAAAAACAAAAAUUGCGUGAACAAAUAAGGGGGAUGCUUCAGGAAGCAGGUUGGACAAUCGAUUAUAGACCAAGGCGGAACAGGGAUUACUUGGAUGCAGUGUACAUCAACCCUGCUGGAACUGCAUACUGGUCCAUCAUCAAGGCAUAUGAUGCACUUCUAAAGCAGUUAGACGAGGAUAAUGACAGGAAUCGCUUUGGGGAUGGUCCGGCAUUUACCCCACUAUCAGAUAAAGUACUCAGUCAAUUAACAAGGAAAACAGGAAAGAAGAGGGAGAUGAAAAAGAAGAUAAAAGAUGAAAGUGGCAGUGAGAAUGCUCGAGAACCUGUUGCUUGGAAAUAUUCAAGCAUCAGGCAUGAAGAAGAGAGUACGGAUAGCUUGAGUCAUGAAGAGAAACCAAAUUCCUUCAUGAAGGGUAAGCCAUAUAAAUGUAGGAUGAAUGACAAUGAUGCCUUCAGUGGAAAUUCAAAAGGUCAAAGUUCUCUCCAUGUGCAUGAUAGCUAUGAAAAACCAUCAUCUACAUCCAAUUCUCAUCUUGUACGUGGAAGAAAAAGUAGAAAACUUGGCAGAUGCACCUUGUUGGUUCGUGUUUCUAAUGUGGGUCCGUGUUCAGAGGGUGACGACUUUGUUCCAUAUUCUGGGAAAAGAACACUGCUUGCCUGGCUGAUUGAUUCUGGGGCUGUGCAGUUGAGUCAAAAGGUGCUGUAUAUGAACCGUAGGCAUACAAAAGUGAUGCUAGAGGGCUGGAUCACAAGGGAUGGGAUCCACUGUGGCUGUUGUAGUAAGAUCCUAACCGUUUCAAAAUUUGAGAUUCAUGCUGGAAGCAAAUUGCGCCAGCCAUUUCAGAAUAUAUAUUUGGAUUCUGGUGUUUCUGUCCUUCAGUGCCAAAUAGAUGCAUGGAACAGACAAGUAGAGUCUGAGCAGAUUGGUUAUCAUUCCGUGGAUGUAAAUGGUGAUGACCCCAAUGAUGAUACUUGUGGCAUUUGUGGAGAUGGUGGGGAUCUGAUUUGUUGUGAUAGUUGUCCCUCAACAUUACAUCAGAUCUGCCUCAAUAUAGAGUUUCUACCAGCGGGUGAUUGGCAAUGUCCAAAUUGCAUAUGCAAAUUUUGUGCUAAUGGCAGCAGCAUUGCUCAAGAGGAUGAUAUAACUGAUUGUGUCCUUCUCACUUGCAGCCUGUGCGAGAAAAGAUACCACAAAUCUUGCAUCAAAGUGACAGAUGAGAUUCACAUUGAAUCCAACAGUUCAGAUCUUCCUUUUUGCGGGCAGACAUGUAGUGAGCUCUUUGGGCAUUUGCAGAAGUAUCUAGGGGCCAAACAUGAAUUAGAAGGAGGAUUCUCAUGGUCUCUUAUUCGAAGAAUAGAUGCAGAUUCAGAUAUAUUUGCCAGAGGGCUUCCACAAAGGGUGGAAUGCAAUUCUAAACUAGCUGUUGCUCUGACUGUGAUGGAUGAAUGCUUUUUGCCCAUUGUUGACAGGAGGAGUGGGAUCAACUUAGUAAAUAAUGUCCUUUAUAAUUGUGGAUCGAACUUCAACAGGCUGAAUUACUCUGGAUUCUACACUGCUAUUCUGGAGAGAGGCGAUGAAAUAAUUUCUGCAGCAUCAAUCAGGUUUCAUGGAACUCAGCUAGCAGAGAUGCCAUUCAUCGGCACUCGUCACAUAUACAGGCAUCAGGGAAUGUUCCGACGGCUUUUUGGUGCUAUUGAGUCGGCUCUCUGUUCUCUCAAGGUUCACAAACUAGUCAUCCCUGCUAUAGCUGAACUUACACAUACCUGGACUGCAGUUUUUGGUUUCACUGCUGUAGAAGAAUCAGUUAAACAAGAAAUGAGGUCGAUGAAUAUGUUGGUCUUUCCGGGUAUAGCUAUGCUGCAGAAGGUUCUGCUGAAGCUAGACAACACGGAUGCAAACUUGAUGGCUGAGCCAAGAUCUAAUGAGGAUAUCACUCCUGAGGUGGCUAAUGGAUCUGAACCCGCUUCAUCAUCUUGGAAUGAUACUCAAGAGUGUGAUAAUGGUGGUUUGCAUCAUUCUAGUCGAAUGAAUGGUAAAACUGCAGUUGCAGAUUCAGAUUCAGAUUCAUAUUUGCCGUGUCCAAAUGUCUCUGUAAAUGAUACUUGUGGAACCAGUGAUUCCUCGGAUGAAUCCCCGGAACCUAAUGACGAAACUGCACUUAUUAAUUAUCAAACAACGGACACGAGGAAUUUAUAUCGGCUAGAUAGUAAAUAUGAUGCAAGCCCUAGCUUAAGCCAUGAUGCACCUGAGGAACAUAACCUGUCUGAUGAUGGCACUGAUUCACAGUCGGGAAAAAAGGCAACCGGAUCUGCUUCGGACGGUGAAAAUACCAGUACCUCUACGGACUAUAACACUGUAGACAAGGGAAAUAAAACAGAAUCAGACUCUGGUAUCAAGAGAACUACUCCCGAUGGACAUAAUAACAGCCAAUCUUCUGAUGGAAGCGAUAUGUAAUGAUGUUCAAUGAGUUGAUAACAAAGCCAUUUCCGAUGAACUUUGCAGUUUGAGUCUCGAUUAAGGAAAACAAGCUUGCCGAUCUCGAUUCUGGGGGCAAGUUAGCAAAGCCGGCUUCCCCUGAGAAAUCCCGAUGCAAUAGAGAUGGAAACUAAUUAAACAUCGGAACUUC